CCGUAACAGAUAGAGUUGACAUGCACGCUUCAUGUCCCCCCGCACCGAACUGGCCCGUUGUUCCAUUGGUCCGAUCAUUGUGCCUACUACAGUGUAUAUUGUCAGAUAGCGCUUGAUUAACGCAAGGAACUGUGGGCCCCUGCCAGAGACUAGAAUGUUACAGUUCGCGCGCGGCAGCGCCGCAGCGAGUAGACAUGGCUUAGGCAGUAGCCAUACUAGUGCUCCAGUAUCAGCACACACGGGGCUGACUCUGCGGCCAUGCGGCAUACCGCUGACCCAGCCUCGCGCCGCCGGGCGCCUCCACCCCUCGGCGACCGCCCGCGGUGUGGCCCGCGGCCUGGCGUGCAGCUCCGCAACCAGCGGCCCGGUGGCGGCAGUGCUCAGCGGCGGCGGCCCCUGCCUUGCCACCGCCGCCCCGGCUGUCACAGGGGCUGGCGGCGGUCUGCGGCAGCUACUGCCGCUAGCCGCCUGGGCCCGUCAAGCCGCACCAGCGCCCGCCACUGCCGCACCUGCAGCAGCCGGGGCGCGCAGCUGUCUCCUGCAGCCGGGGCGGCGCGCGCAGCAUCAGGUGCUGGUGGCUGCGGGGAGGUACGGCAGUGGCGGCAUCAUUGACAGGAGCAGUGGCAUGAGCAGCAGCAGCCGCAGUAGCAGUGACGGUGGGGAAAGGGCAGGCAGGGGCAGGGCAGGCGGAGGCCGCUGGGCCCGCGGCAGGACGGGCGGUGCCGGUGGCAGGAGUAGCGGUGGUGAUGGCAGGACGGGCGGCGGCGGCGGCGGCAGGGCGCGUGACCCCGCGGAUGACAUGACCGUGUGUCGGACUCUGGAGGAGCUGCCAGCAGUCAUUGAUCAGCGGCUGGCGGUGUGGUCAGAGCGGCAAGAUGUAAUGACCAUGUCAGCUGCCUUCAACCUGUGUGGCAAGCUGGAGUCGUCACACGCCGGGCCGGCCGCCACAGCCGCGGCCCGUGCCGGCAUCAGUGCGGCCCUUGCGCCUGCUCUCCUUCCGCUCGUGCCGCGCAUCCGCCAGCCGGCCAGCUGCAGCAUUCCGCUGUGGGCACUGGCGAAGGCUGGGGCUGCCAGCGACGGGCGUGUGGAGUCACAGCUGGCACCGGCGCUGCUGCAGCGGCUUGUGAAUCCAGUGUUGCUGGACAGUGCCACUCCUCAGAACCUGGCAAACGCGCUGUAUGCCCUGGGCAAGCUGCGGGAGGAUCAGCAGCGGCGGGGCUCGGGCUGGGACCCCACCUCAUCGCCGCAUCUGAUCGCACUGGCGAACGCUGUGGCCUCGCGGCUGCGUGCGGCGGAAGGGCACGGCUUUAAGCCGCAGGAGCUUUCCAACACCCUGUGGGCGUGCGCCAAGCUGGGAUACCGAGACUCAUACCUUCUGCUGCCGCUGGCGGAGGCGACUGCAGCCCUUGCCCGGGACAUGAAUGCGCAAGAUGUGGCCAACAACCUGUGGGCCCUAGAGGUCCUUGGCUGCACCGGACCGGCGUUUCGGGCUGUGCUGGAGACGCUGUACGGUGCGGCGCUGCGGCGGCUCCAGACACCGAAGGAAACUGCAGCGUUCAAGCCGCAGGGCCUGUCCAACAUCCUGCUGGCGCUGGAGGGGCUGCAGCUGGGAGGCACGCAGUCUGAGCAGCUGGCGGCGGCAGUAGCAGUGGAGGCCAUGCGGCGGGGCUUUGCCGGCUGUAACCCACAGGAGCUCAGCAACUCGGCGUGGGCCCUGGCCAAGAUGGGGUAUGGGGCCGGUGCAACGUCGCAAGCCAUGAAGCAGAGCCCCUGGUACGCGGCUGUGGCGGCCGCAGCUCAGCGGCCCGGGGUCAUGGCCGGCGCCAAGCCGCAGGCCUGGGCCAACCUGCUGUACGCGCUUGCGUUGGUGCGCCACCAGCCGCCACCAGCGCUGCUUGACGCAGGCGCCGUGGCGGCGAUGCAGCGAGGCAAUGCACAGGACUGUGCAAACACGCUCUGGGCGCUGGCGGUGCUGCAGCUGCGUCACGCCGGCUUGGAGGCGGCCGUGUGCGGCCGGCUGGGCGUACUGCUGCGUCUGGAGCCGGAGUCGCUUGCUGCACAGAACCUUUGCAACAGCCUGUGGGCGCUGGCGGUGCUGGCAGGCGGCGGUGGCCCUGCUACCCCGGCUGCAGCUGCGCUGGCCCCAGCGCUUGCCCGUGAGGCCGUGCGAUGGCGUGAGGAGCUCAAUGGAGACGGCUUGAGGCAGCUCUGGCAGGCGCGACAGGAGUUGGGCGGCGAGGUGGCGGAGGCGCUUGCCCGCAGCCCCGACCUGCUAGCCGCGAUUGAGGCGGCGGUAGCUGCCAAACGGGCGACUGAGUCGAACACCAGCCGUACGCAGGAGCAGGUGGCAGAGGCGCUUCGGCGACUGCUGCAGAAGGGCCGCCUGCCCAUCGUUUUGGUGCAGACAGAGGUGGUGGCGGAGGGCGUGCUGGGGCGUGUGGACAUUGUGGCGGACUGGAGCGAUGGGCGCAGAUUGGCCAUUGAGGUGGACGGGCCGGACCACUUUCUCACCAACCGCAAGGAUGACCCGUCCGCGGUUAUCGGGUCCACGGCCCUGCGUAACCGGCAGCUGCGGCGGGCGUUUGGGGAGGGCGGGCUGCUAUGUGUGCCGUACUGGGAAUGGGACGACCGGCAGACUCCUUCCUUUCAGGAGGCCUACCUGCUGCAGCGGCUGCAGGAUCUGCUAUCGGGCGCUCCUUCAGGAGCAGCAGCAGGAGGGGAAGGCAGCGCGGCCGCCCCUCGCCGCAAGCAGCAGCGGACGACUCGGCUGCAGCCGGACACUGCCGGCACCAGCACCGCCGCCAGCACCACCGCCAGCAGCAGCCAGACGAGGCGCAUCCUCGUUGUCCGCAGAAAGGCUCCAAAGCAGGACCUGCAGCACGACGCCACCUUCGACGCACCGUCAGCCUCAGGUGCGGGUCCGGCGGAGGCGGUGGCGGAGGUUACGGCAAGUGGCGGCUCUCGGCCUGCCGCCGCGGGUGCCGACGUGGCAUCUGCUCCUAGGCGGCAACAGCGACAGCGACAGCUGCAGCAGCAGCAGCAGCCGUCGAGGCCGGAGCCGGAAGCUGUGGCCGCUGCUGUGGGCAGGCGCCGCAGGCCUGCUGCGAAGGAGCCGCGGCCACAGCAGCAGCAGGAACGGCCGCCGCCGCAGAACACAAGGAAGCGAGCGGCCUCUGCAAACGCACACGCGGCUGCUGCAGCUGCUUAGCAAGCCCCCUUGGUGGAUUUGCAGGGGCGGCUGGCGCGGCGUCCCACCCGUGUGGGUUCAUGCUAGGGGGAUGGGUGAUGGGUUUGGUGGGCCCGGGUAGGGCGCUGUGGAAGCGGCUGCGGCAGUGGCACCUCUCUGCCUGUCUGCCUGCUGCCUGCCUGCCUUCCUGCCUGCAUGGGGCAGCGGCCGGGCGGCCGGGCACCUGGGCAGGGCGUGCACGCGCGAACAGCAUCAUCGUCAUCAUUGUAGGGGUAACAAUGGGCUGGAGGCAACUGUAGCAUGAAGUCCGUCCGCAUCAAUUACCCUUCCAACCAUCCUGCCCUGACCCCGCACCUACCCGCACCCUCACGCAUGCGGGCCCCCUACGCACAGUUGGCGGAGUUUGUGUCGUGCCCGGUAGCUGCUGCUGCCAUGAACAAACACGUGGAGGCGGGCGUGGAGGAGCGACCGGGCAGAGUGUGGCGUGGCGUGGCAUACAAGGCGGGUGGAGGAGGAGCAGGCGUUGAGAAUUGGGUCGGCGUGAUGACUUGCAUCGUUUUGAGUUGGGUGGGGCUUGGGCUCCAAUUGUCGCUUUCUUCACCGGGCGUGUGCGCGCAUAGCAAGUUGAAGGGAGAACGAGGUUGGGUCAUUGCGGAGACUGUAGCAGAGCCUGUGGUGUGGUAGAGGUUGUGAGAGGGGCUGUGGCUUGUGGGUCUUUGGCGGGUGUCGACGCGUCGGCAGACACAGACACAGACGACGCUCUGGUCUCUAGGGCGCGUGCGGAGGCCUUGGGCUUGCCAUAAUUGUGAGCAGGUGUGUGAGGUAAGGUGGUCUGUGCGUAGGAUGGCAAUGAGGUGACGUAUGCGGGGGGGGACUGCGGCGGCGGGCGGCGGCCUCGAUUCCUGCUUGCAUACAGGAGCGGUCGUUUGGCUGGGGUCACCUCCGGAGUAUACCGUGGUGUAACAAGAGGAUUGU